GGAGGAUGGGUGGGGGGGUCUACUACACUGCCAGAAAUAAGGAGAGUGUCUACACGGUUUGGCAGACGAAACCAAGGAAACGAAGUGAAAUAAACUCGCAACCCCCCUCUCACUUCAGCACAGAGAUUUUUAUGUCUUUUUUUUCUUAGAGUAGUUUGGAUUUUGAACAUUUUUUGACUCUCUCCAAAGACAGUGUUCGAGCUUAGGGUGAAGUCUACGCACCACAGUGAAUUUCGGACCGUGCGUAAUUUGGAGAGUUUAUUGCUGCGCCGCGUCAGGAUGCGCGUCUGUCCGCUGCUCGUCUUCCUCUGUCUGCUGUACGCUGGACGCUCUCAAAAGCUAUCCGCUUUCACGUUUCUGCGGGUGGAUCAGGAUAAGGAGUGCAACAUGGAAUGCAGCGGAGCUCCUCGCAAGCCGCUGUGCGCGUCCGACGGCCGGACCUUCACAUCUCGCUGCGAGUUCCUCCGAGCCAAGUGCCGCGACCCCCAGCUGGAGGUCAUUCGAGGGCCAUGCAAAGAUACAUCCAGAUGUGUAGCAGAGAAGAAGUACACAGAGCAGCAGGCCAAGAAACUUUUCCCACACGUCUUUGUGCCUGUAUGCAACCCCGAUGGCACGUACAGUGAGGUUCAGUGCCACAGCUACACUGGUUACUGUUGGUGCGUCACCCCCAACGGGCGGCCCAUCAGCGGCUCGGCGGUGGCCAAUAAAAAGCCUCGAUGCCAAGGGUCAAAACAAGAGAGACCGACCACAAAGGAACCAAGUAAAUCAGUCUCUUUGCGAAUAUUCUCCAUUCUAAAUGCAGAUGACAUUGGCCUGGUCGUGGACCCGCCGCCCACCACAGAGGACGAAGUCUUCACUUCCAGUUCCCCGAGUCUGAUGAAAAAGCAGCUUCUCAGGCCGCAGAUCAAUAGGACCAGAGCACCAUCAUUAUCUUGUGACCAGGAGCAGCAGUCUGCACAGGAACAGGCGAGGCAGAACAAGAACGAUGCCGUAAUCAUACCAGACUGUGCCGACGGAGGACUCUACAGGCCCGUCCAGUGCCACCCCUCCACCGGCUACUGCUGGUGUGUGCUCGUCGACACUGGAAGGCCCAUACCAGGGACGUCAACCAGGUACGAACAGCCAAAAUGUGACAGCAAUGCCAGGGCCCAUUCCCCGAAGCCAAAGGACUACUACAGAAGCAGACAUCUUCAGGGCUGUCCUGGGGCAAAGAAAACAGAGUUCCUGACAAGUGUUCUUGACGCGCUGUCGACAGACAUGGUGCAUGCUGUCACAGAUCCAGCAUCCGCCGGAAGGAUGGCUGAGCCCGACCCGAGUCACACUCUGGAGGAGAGGGUCGUCCACUGGUAUUUCAGUCAGCUGGACAAAAACGCCAGCGGAGACAUCGGGAAGAAAGAAAUCAAGCCUUUCAAACGUUUCCUGCGCAAGAAAUCAAAGCCGAAGAAGUGCGUUAAGAAGUUUGUGGAGUACUGCGACAUCAGCAACGAUAAGGCGCUUUCACUGCAGGAGCUGAUGGGCUGCCUGGGAGUCACAAAGGAAGAAGGAGCCAAACCUGGAGAGGGCCUGCUUUCUAGUAAACUAAAUCCGUCGAAGAAGCAAGGCUAAACCCGACGACAGAGAUUUCCCCUCUUGCUUGGAGAAUCCGCCCUCACCAAUCGGCAAUAAAGGAAACUAUAGUAUUUGCACUUUGUACUUUAAGAAAAAAAAAGAUGUAAAUUCACUUUUGUAGAAAUAAGGUAUUUAAACAGACUGCUGAAUCUGUGAAUGAUGUAGUUAACUUUUUAUGUCCUGUCAAGCGAAAAAUGUUUAACACAUACAAUGUAUGUGUCCUUUGUGUGUCUUAAAGAACGUGGACUUUUCAAGGUUGUACAAGUUUUGAUGUUUGAUGCUAUAUUCUCUGCCCCUUGACCCAUCGUAGUUUUCCUCUCAUGUUGAUGAUAUUACAGCAGAUAUAUGUAUAGUUUGCUACACAGCUAAAAUAACUUAGACCAUACCAUCCCUCAUGUACUGACCCAUUUCAUCUUUUUCCUGUGCUUUGUAAAGCAGUUUGCAAGAAUGUAUUACACAUGCAGUACACCAUUAAAAAAUGUCCUAUGUGCUCUCUUAUAUUAAUCUUUUAUUAGAAAU